AUGGAGCACGUGGCGCUGCAAUGUCCUUCAGCAGUGGAGAGUAAUUUGAAGUUUCAUGAUUGCUAUGGAGUCUGUCAGACGAGUUUUACAUUUAUCAGACACAUGUUCGUGUGUUGUGUUAACGUAAUAAUAAAAUGCAUCGUUUUAAUGGUGACACCCUACAUCUGCAGCACAUCCAGUCCAGCGUGCAAAAACUCGAACAGAUUAGCCAAUGAAAUAGGAACAUCUCAAGAUUAUUAUUUCUAUAGACCCAGAAGGAUGAACACAAAGCAGGAUCAAUGCCCAAGACCCAUGUUAUUUUCCCAGCCAAGAAACAGCAACUUAACCACUACGAAGAAAUCACCCACUACGGCGAGAAAACAGAAACCUGAGACUCGCAGCAACAAAAUGUUGAUCCAGGGAACUACAAAGAAGACCAUUUGCAACAUUAUUUACACUGACACUCUUUGA